GCUUGUUGCCGCCAUGUGUGACACAUCUUGCAAUGUAGAUUAAUUUAAUUUAAUUGAACAUAAGUUUUAUAAAAUUAUUUUUUAUUUAUUUUAAUUGAAUUUUAACAAUUAAUAAUUUAAAUUGUGUUUAAUGUGAUUGAGAGAUAAUUCGAUCAUGCAGUACAGAACAGUGGUUGGAUUGCUAUUGCUAAGCAUAGUCUCAUCAAACGAAGCCCUGAGGUUACUAGUUUCAUUCGGAGCGCCAUCCAAGAGUCACAGUAUACUAGGCCAUGGUGUAGUUAAUAGGUUGUUAGAAGCUGGUCAUGAGGUGGUUCACAUAACAUCAUUUCCAAGAAAAAAUCCUCCGCCCAAACUGAAGGAGAUCGACGUUUCUUCAAUAUUCGAAUUUUUCAAGACUAUGUCAGAACAAGAUGACAAAUUUAAACUGAAAAAUAUAAUUGGUCAACCCAAUUUAGGAGAUUCACCAUUCUUUGCUUACUUCGCCACCUACAUACAUAAACAGUUUUUGGAACACCCAAAUAUACUGAAACUCUUGAACGAUCCAAACGAGAAGUUUGAUGCCGUCAUCGUGGAAUGGUUCUUUUCUGAAAUGCUUGUUGGAAUUCCACCUCUAUUCGAAUGCCCCCUAAUCUGGGUGUCUUCGACCGAGUCCCACUGGCAGGCAUUAAGACUAAUGGAUGAGAUCCCCAACCCCUCAUAUACUGCUGACCUGUUCUCGUCUAGUCGACCACCCCUGGACUUCUGGCAAAGAGCUGACGGAAUAUGGAAAAUUGUGAAAAAGCUUGUCCUUAUUGAUCCGAUUGUAACUGCAUAUGAGAUGUGGAUGUACAGCAGUGUUUACCCCGAAAUAGCAGCUAAAAGAGGCGUCACACUACCUCCGUAUAGUGAAGCUGUAUACAACGCGUCCCUUAUGCUUGUGAAUUCACAUCCAUCAAUCGGAGGGUCGAUAAAAUUGCCGCAAAAUGUCAAAAACGUCGGAGGUUACCACAUUGAUACUGAUGUCAAACCCUUGCCAAAGGAUCUCCAAAAACUGAUGGACGAAGCAAAACAUGGCGUCAUAUACUUCAGUAUGGGCUCAAACCUGAAAAGCCAGGACAUGUCUGAUGGAAUGAAAAAUGACUUGCUCAAAAUGUUCAGCACCUUCAAACAACAGGUUAUCUGGAAGUUUGAAGGUGAUCUGCAGAAUGUUCCCGCCAAUGUGCAUUUAGUUAAAUGGGCUCCUCAACCCAGCAUCUUGAACCACCCAAAUCUGAAGCUCUUCAUCACGCACGGUGGCCUCCUCUCUACCACGGAGUCCAUACAUUUUGGAGUUCCUCUCGUCGGUAUACCAGUGAUGGCAGAUCAGCAUCUUAACAUGAAGACUAUUGAUAGCAAGGGUUUCGGCAUCGCUGUUACAUUGUCCGAAGAUAUGACUCCUGAAUUAGAGGAAGCCAUCAACAAAGUUUUAUUGGAUCCGGCGUACAGGACCAAGGCGAAGGAAUUAUCCAGGAUAUACCAUGACCGUCCGAUGGUACCAGGCGUGGAGCUGGCCUACUGGGUGGAACACGUGGUCUCGACCAGAGGAGCCCCGCAUCUUCGCUCACCAGCACUAGACCUCCCUUUCUACAAACGCUUUUAUUUUGACCUAGCUGCUUGCUUAGCUAUAGUCUUCGUACUGCUCAGAAAAGCAGUCAAGUAUAUUCUUAAAAUGAGAUCGAAACCCCAACCUAAGAGGAAAACUAAUUGAUUGCUUAGUUGAUAUUAUUUUUUAAAUAAAAUUGUUUUUGUUUUAAGAUAUUGUAUUGCAAUUUUUAACUUUUGCACCAGUGUUGACCAAUUUCCAAUUUAGAAUUAACUUCAACUCUUAAUACGAUUUAUCAUAAAAGUGAAAUUGUACAUACGAAAUGAGAAUUUAAACUCAACCUACGUAUAUUUGAAUGAACAAUUCUUAAAUAACUCGAUUUAUUAUCUGCACAUUAUUAUGUUCAAUAUACGAAAAAUAUAUCCACAA